GGCCGAGGCGCCCCGGACAAGGGCGGGGCCGGCGGCGCUAGGGUUAAUGUCCGCCCCGCCCCGGCCGCGCUGACUCAGUUUCACCAGAAACUAGGGGGAGGAGGUGGCGGAUCUGCAGCGCACCCCGCACCUAGGCGGAAGCCGGACCGGAGCCGCGCAGGAAGCAGAGACCGGAACCUGAACAGGCCGGGCUCCACCCCACUCACCUGCGCAGGUCUCUAGUACCCUUGGAGCCCAGAAGCCCGUGCUGUGAAGGUGACCCCAGUGAGGAGGAGGGCGACGGCCACUGGGAAGACGAUGGCUGGCGCCCAGCUCUCCCAGACCCGCAUCCCAGCGGUCGCCCUGUGGCUCCUGUGCGCUCUCGGCCUCCCUGACACCGAUGCGGGGCCGCCUCCCAUGCCCCCCGCGCUGCGGACUGGAGACGCCUGUCUGGACCGCUUUACCCCCGGGGUGUUCGCUUUCGUGCUCAACACUGAAGCCUCAGUCAGCAACGGGGCCACCUUCCUGGGAUCCCCCACCGUGCGCCGCGGCCGCGACUGCGUGCGCGCCUGUUGCACCACGGAGAACUGCAACCUAGCGCUGGUGGAGCUGCAGCCCAAGGGAGGGGAGGACGCUAUCGCCGCCUGCUUCCUCUUCAACUGCCUUUACGAGCAGAACUUCGUGUGCAAGUUCGCGCCCAGGGAGGGCUUCAUCAACCACCUCACGCGCGAGGUUUACCACUCCUACCGCGAACUGCGGACCCAGGGCUUUGGAGGGUCCCGGAUCCCCAAGGUCUGGGCAGGCAUAGACUUGAAGGUACAGCCCCAAGAACCCGUGGUGCUGAAGGGUGUGGAGAACACAGAUUGGCACUUACUGCAGGGUGACACGGACGUCAGGGUAGAGAGGAAUGAUCCAGACCAGGUGGAGCUGUGGGGACUCAAAGAAGGUAUCUACAAAUUCCAGCAUGCAAUGGCCAGCUUAGACCAGCCAGAGAGCAUGACCAACGUCACGAUCACAGUCACCGUGCUGUCCACCAAGCAGACAGAAGACUAUUGCCUCGUACCCAAAAAAGUGGGCCGCUGCCGUGGUUCCUUCCCCCGCUGGUAUUACAACCCCACAGAACAGAUCUGCAAGAGUUUCGUUUAUGGAGGUUGCUUGGGCAACAAGAACAAUUACCUUCGGGAAGAAGAAUGCAAACUAGCCUGCCACAAUGUACGAGGCCCUUCCAUAGAAAGGAACCAUCCAGUGUGCUCUGGCACCUGUCACCCUCCUGAGUUCAACUGUAGCGAUGGCUGCUGCAUUGACAGCUUCCUGGAAUGUGAUGGCACUCCCGACUGCCCUGACGCCUCUGAUGAGGCCACCUGUGAAAAAUACACCAAUAGCUUCGAUGACCUUCAGAGAUUUCCUUUCCCUGGUGACAAAGGGCACUGUGUGGACCUGCCAGACACAGGCCUCUGCAAAGAGAACAUCCCACGCUGGUAUUACAACCCCUUCAGUGAACGCUGUGCCCGCUUUACCUAUGGUGGUUGUUAUGGCAACAAGAACAACUUUGAAGAGGAACAGCAGUGUCUUAAGUCCUGUCAUGGGAUCUCCAAGAAGGAUGUGUUUGGUCUUCGGCGGGAAAGCCCCAUUCCCAACGUAGGCUCCGUGGAGGUGGCCAUUGCAGUGCUCCUGACUACCUGCAUUGUGGUGAUGGUUGCCAUCCUGAGUUACUGCUUCUUCAAGAACCAGAGAAAGGACUCCCACAGAUACCAUCAUGGCCACCGCCACCCCCCACCCGCUACCCCCACCAGCUCCACCAUCUCCACCACCGAGGACACAGAGAACCUGGUCUAUAACCAUACCACUCGACCCCUCUGAGCCUGGGGCUUGCCUUGGCCCUUCAGCCUGUGGCUCUCUCCAGCUCUCACCUGGCCCUGCUUCCUCCUGUCAAGACGAGGCCUGGGCUGGUAAAGACUUUGGGAUCAGACCCCUCCAGCCUGUUUCCCAGGCCCACUCUGCCUAAGAAGCCAGGGUUCUAGCCUCUCUCAGAUAUAGCUCAGUUAAGCUCAGGCUGCUUGUUCCUGAGAAAGCUCCAGCAUCCGAGAGGAGCAGAAAACCUUUGAGCCAGGACUCCCACACACAGAUGGACCUGCCUGCCUAGGAUUUCAGAAGAAGUGGGAGUUUUGUUUCCUGGUCAAACCUGCCUGCCCCACACCAUGGUGUUGGGAAGGGGUCUGGGUGGUGUCAGAAGCUAGAGGCCCCAACCCUGUCCUCCAGAGCUACCUCUCCCACUCUGUACAGUCCAGAGCUGGGGGAAGGUCUUCCCUAUAUAUUUUGUGCUAUACAGAGUUCUCUUUUGUUUAUUUAAUGCCGUGAGGGUGAAUGAGAGGACAAUCUGACCUCUGCUGCCUCUUCUCCUUCCCCCAGGAGAGAGCCCCAACUUGGCCUGGCCUGGCCUGGCUUGGUCUUGGACUCAGAUCCAGAGGUGCUCCAUCCUCCCUGUACCUCCCAGGGCUCUUCAGCACCAAACCCCCAGCUGCUCUCCAACUUCCUACAGACCCCAAUCCACCCACAGUGUAAUAAAAUGGUUUGUUCUGUGA